CCCCACCAAUUGCGAAAAAAACUGCAACAGAAUAAGCACAUCAGCUUUGUGAGAUGACCGAACCGCCAAAACCGGCAAACACUUCCUCCUCCCUCUCCCAACCUCUUCCCAAAGUCGUGUGAACCAACGCCCUCCUUCCCUCUCGCAGAGCCAUAGCUGGGAAAGGAAACCAAGAGAACCCAGUUACAGGAAAGAGAGAUACAAACUUUGCCUUCCCCACGAAGUUUACCCACUUCGCUUUCCUCCCCUUCAGCCCAUGCCCACGAUUUCAAAACCAUUAAACUCUACUUUCCCCUGCCAUUUUCUUUUGCUGUUAUUUCCAAGCUUCUUUCUUCCCUUCUCCGUUUUUGAAUUUUGGGGGUGUAGUGUAGUGUGGGUAGUUAGUUUUGCUUGUAAUGGAGAGGCUGGUGGAGGGAAUGAAGGCUGCGGAGAGGAAGCAAGGGAGCUUGAAGAUGCUUGCUCAAGAGCUUCACUCACAGGCCAACUCGAUUCUGCGUUUCACCCUUGAAUGGAAGGAACUGGAGUCGCAUUUCGAGUCUGUGAAGGAAGGGUUGACGGAGCGAGGGAGGGAGCUUGCGUUGCAAGAAAAGAAAGUGGGUGAAGCGUGGGGGAGGGUUAGGGUUAAGGAGGUUGAGGUUGAGGGUUUUUCCAGGGAGUUGAGGGAGAAGGAAGGGGAAUUGUGUUUGAUUCAAGGGAAAGUUCUGGAGCGUGAAUCCGAGCUUGAAAGGAAGGUGGAGGAGUUAGGGUUUGUUAAACACAAGGUUGAAAAGUGUACGGAGGAGCUUCGGGUGAAAGAGAGGGGAUUGGAGCUUGCAGAGAGGAGAUUGAAUGACCUACGCGUGGAGGUGGCUGGGAAAGAGGUCGAAUUGGGUUUGCUGAGCAGGGCUGUUGAGGAACAGAGAAAUGAGCUCACGAGUAAAACCAAGGAAGUGGAUGAUUUGGCGAACCUGAUUUCAGACUCCAGCUCUCGGCUUGAGUUGAAAGAGAAGGAGUUAAAUGAGGUGCAAGAGUCGAUCAAAAGAUGUAAUGAUGAAUGCAGGUGGAAGGAAAUCCAGUUGGGCGACUUGGAGAAGAGGAGCAAGGAUUGUUGUGCAGGGCUUGAUUCUAAGAGGAAUCAAUUGGAUUUGAUGAAUGAGGAGCUUGCGAAAACCAGGAACUUGGUUGAGGAGCAACAGCGGGAGCUUCAUUCCAAUGAGGGUCACCUUGGUUCGAUCAAAGAGAUGAUUAAGGAAUUCGGGGAAGAACUCGAGAAGAAGGAAGCAGAGUACGUUGAGGUUCUCAAGUCUGUCAAGGACAAAGAAAAACAACUACAGUCCCUUGAUACAUCAAUCGAAUCAUCUGUAAAGAAUCUUGAACUGAAAGAGGCUCAGUUAAGUGCUCUUAAAGCUGACAUUGAUGUCGGAAGCAAAGAGCUUAGCAAGAUGGAUAAGAUCCUGGAAGAUGCUCAAUCUCAGAUGAACAGGCAUAGCAAGGAGCUUCAAGCUGUAAAGGAGCAGAAACUGUCUAUGCAGUCAUUGGCUGAAGAUUUUGCUCACUUUCUCGAAUCUAAAGAUAAGAGUCUUGGCGUGGUUGGGAAAUAUCUGAAAGGAUGCCUUGUGCAGCUUGAAUCGAAAGUGGCACAACUGAAUUCAAUCCAGAGUAAAUUGUUCAUCUGCCACAAAAGACUCACAGCCAAAGGACAAAGUGUUGAUUCCAUGAAGGGGACAUUAGAAAAAAGAGUUAAAGAACUUGAGAUACAAGUCGAGCAGUUUAGGUUGAGGGAGGAGGAGUUGGAGUCGAAACAAAAACUGCAUGAAGAGCGAUGUGCUGAAGUAGAAGCGAGAGAUAAGCAAUUAAAUAGUGUUGCUGAUUUGCUGAGAGGCAAGGAGCAGCUGCAAAGUACCACAGUGAGUGUAGUGAGUUGUGUCCAAGGAAAUGGUAGAAAUUUGCAGCUUCUUUUGAACGAGCAUUUCAAGAAGCUUGAUUCCCUUCAUAGUGAACUUUGGACCGCCUUGCAGAAGUCACCUGAUCCAGCAAAGCUGGUGCUAGAAGGGAUGAUGGGGUUUUAUUCCGCAGAAGGCAGUGGAGAGUAUGAGUUGGCUGUUAUUAGGAAGAGCUGCAUUACUUUGCUGGAGUUUUUGUCUAGAAUCUCCCCAACGGUUAAGCCUGAAGUGUUGAAAGAAUCAAUGGAACUAGCUAGAGAUUGGAAAUCAAAAUUGGGGAUAGCUCCUGCUGUUUACCCAAAUAGGAAUGUCGAAGCCAAAGAAGCAUGGCAAGCGCUCGAAUUUGCAGAAAACUUAGCUGGUUCCUUUAUUCUUUCUCCCGUCCAUCCUUCAUCUGAAGGGCUCAUGUGUUUUACCACUCUCCAUGAGGCCAGUAGUCCACAGCUUCUCCCAGAUGAGCCAUUACCAAGUGUAUUAUCUGAGAAUGAAGUUACUAAUGCCCUUAGAAACUCACCAGACCCGGCAAAGAUGAUAUUUGAUCUGAUAGAAAAUUCGCUUGUGCACCAAGAGAGCAAAGCCAUUAUACCAUGUAAUGAAAGUGUCCUGAGGAAUCAGGUUCUUCUUUUACAACAAUUGACGAGUGUGUCGCCGGUGGUGACUCCUCGUGGGCACGAAGCAGCAAGAAGGCUGGCGGUUGCUUGGAGAGGAAGUUUGAGGCUGGAGGCCAUGGAUAUAUUGGCGUUUCUUUUGUUUCUGGCUGCAUAUGGGCUUGCCACUCAUUUUGAAGAAGAUGAUGUUCUGAAACUUGCUGGGAGGAUUACUCACUAUAAAAAGUCUCCUGAUUUAUGGCGUGCUCUUGGCUUGACGAUGAAGGUACCUGGGCUGAUUCAAAGUCUCGUAAAGAAGGAUAUGUACAUUGAGGCUGCUAGAUUCAGCUGUGCAUUUGGCCUAGUCAACGCUUACUCACCUGACCUGUUGUUCUUGAAGUUAUUGGAGAAGAGAAAGCUCUUGGAGCAUGGGAAGCUCUUACUUGAGUCCCAAUGUGAAGCCUUCGACAAGCACAUGGACUACUUAAAACAACUGCUCGAACGCGUGCUAGAGCUGAACUUUGAUCCCACCCUCAUCAGCUCGACACUGAUCUCACAUUUCCAGGACAUGGCAAUGCUGUUAGAACGGAAGAGAAGUAGCUUGCUAGGUGUCUUUGCUCGACUCUCUCAGCCACAACCACCCCGAUUGCAAGGUGGAUCAAUGGAGCAUGGAGCCAUUGCAGUGCCUAACGACAUUCCUAGCUACAUGUCUAACACGAAUGACCAAGUUACGCAGCAAUGGCAGCAGCAGCAGCAUGUAUACUGGAGUCACGAAGCACAGAGGAACAAGCGUCCAAGGGCUGGUAUGCAGUAAGAAAAAGAUUGGGACAGUUUAUUUAGUGGUCAAACAGAGUGAGGCAUUUUGUCAUUCAUAGCCUCAUAUGAAGCCUCUAAUUAGUAGCAAAGAUCGAUGCUGUUUUUUGUGUAUAUAUAUGAUGAUGAUUAUCCAGUCCUUAGUCAGUUUCUUGGUAAACAGGCUGUAAAUAGUACUCUAGAACCACUAAGGUUGGUUGGCUUUAACGGGUGUAUGACAUGAAUAUAUAGUUGCUUGGAUGAGAAAAGAAGCUGAUGUCUCGUGCCCCUCUAAGCACUUUAAGAUUUACGGGCACCAAGAUGGGAUCAUAUACAAAAUGGAACUAGAAGGCCUUUGCUAACAGAAUUUGGUUUGGAACUAAAAGGAUCAUGGGGCAUGUAACUUUAUUCUUCUAAUUUAUGGAAGGCUGGGUUAUAAUCGGUGAAUGGCAAUUCAUGAUUAUAUGAUAACUAGGAAUUUGAGACGCCCAAUGUAGCAGCUGGUUGGAUAAGAGAACAGAGCAAAAUAUUUUGAUGAUUUGUAUCUAAGUUAAAUUUUAGGAUUAAAUAAAUAAGACUAUAAGAGAAGAGGAUUGCGUUUCGAAAAUCCUCUUGCGUCAAGAGUAAAGAGAUAUAUGAUCUGUUUGGCCUAAUUUUUAAAACUGCUUUUAUACUUUCAAAACUAAAUCUGGAUCAACCGUUUCUAUAAGCUCAAUUUAAAAAAAAAAAGUGAUUUUUUAUAACAUAAAGCAAGCAGAAGCUGCAAAUGCUGCUUUGAAAAUAUAAAAUUACCCUUAUUAUUUUUUUAUUUUCAAUUUUUUUUAUUUUCAAGAAAACAUACUUUUCUCUCAUUUAUAUAAUUUUAAAAAUAAAAUAAAUUGAAAAAUAAUAUUAAUUCAUUUUUUUUUUCUCUCCCCUCCUAUCCUGCUCGCACAACUAUUACUUCAUUUAUGUUCCUUGACUAUGGAUCUUUUAGUUUGGAAAAGGAUAAAAAACUGUGGAGUUUUUUAGUCCGUAUUUUGUAAAAAUGUAUUGUACUGAUAGUCCGACCGAGAAAAAUUCUUGUAUAGGCUAAAUUGGUAUACGAUUUUUAGCGGUAUGAAUUGAUUGAAUCACGGUUGAAUCACGAUUUAACAUAAAAUACCAUAAUACUGACAUUUCCAAUAUAACCUUCGAUACGAUUUUACAAUCAUUGAAUCUGUGAUAAUCGAUAAAUAUUAUAAAUCUUAGGGUGUGCCUACGGUGAUAUGCAUGUCACGGUGACUUGCACUUUCCGGUCGACCUCAGCUAGGAUUAGGUCGACCUCAUUUAGAAUUCGGUCGACCUCAUAUAGGAUCCGGUCGACCUCAUUUAGGAUUCGGUCGACCUCAUAUAGGAUCCGGUCGACCUAAUAUGUUGUUUCAGUGUAAAAACAGUUCACGGUGCUUACUUUGGAUAUUCAUAUCAUACAAUUGGCUAGAUGGAAAUUGAAGACUAAUGACUUGUUUUGAAGCUGGAGUGUCCCUCUACAUAUUGAAGUGAUUGAUAGCUCGAUAGGAAGUCCAGAAGACCAUUUUUGAACCUCAUCAAAAGGCUAUGCCAAAACUAGGAAACUGCCUAGAAAUGGCUAAGUCUGGAAACGUGUUUGUGAAGUCUAUUUUUGAGCUCAAUUCGAGAAGCAUGAAUGCGAGUCGAGUCUAGAAGCCUCUACCACGUUAAAUUAGGUAUGUUUUUAUACAAAUUCAAGGAAUUGAAUGAAAGAUUGGAUAUCUUUAAGGCUUCAAACAAAAGGGUCGAAGUUGCUACGAAGGCUGUUUUUCUGGCAAACUUUGAGCACAAGCAAGCUGCCAGAAAAACAGCCUUCGUAGCAACUUCGAGCCUUUUGUUUGAAGCCUUAAAGAUAUUGAAUCUUUCAUCCAAUGCCUUGCCUUUGUAUAAAAAAGUACGCAAUUUAAC